UCUGACCUGCAGGAGCCCUCCCGCCUUUCGCUGCCCUCCUCGUCUGGAGCCAACAUGGCGACGGCCAAUGACAGGGCAGUGCUGCAGAGCAUCUUCCACCCCAACAACCCUUUUGCCGAACUCUCUGGUGCCGAGUCGGAGAAGGAGGCCGAAGGGGAAGAAGGAGCCUUUGACCCGGAGCUGCUGGGAAGAGCCACGGAGCUGGAGGCUCUGGGAGUCGCCCAGGCGGAGACCGGGGACCUGGAGGAGGCCCUGGUGACCUUUGGCCUAGCCAUCCAACUGCUCCCGGAGCGAGCCUCAGCCUACAACAACCGGGCCCAGGCACUCCGCCUCAAGGGGGAUGUGGCGGGUGCCCUGGAGGACCUGGACACAGCCCUGAGGCUGAGCAAAGGCACCGGAUCCGUGGCCUGCCAGGGCUUCGUGCAGCGGGGGCUGAUCCGGCGCUUGCAAGGCCAGGAGGACGAGGCUCGGGGCGAUUUUGAGCAGGCCGCCCGGCUGGGCAGUGCCUUUGCCCGCCAGCAGUUGGUCCAGAUGAAUCCUUACGCCGCCCUCUGCAACCAGAUGCUGUCUGAGGUCAUGAAGCAGCUCCAGGGCCCGAGCCAGAAGGAGCCUCUGCUGGGGCAGCUGGACUGAGAAGGACUUUGCCCCCCCCCCCCAUGGCCCUGAAUAAAGAGAGGCCUUUGCCAAGA